AUGGAAGCACAUCUGGUGAAGUGGAGAUUAUUCGCUGUCAGCGUGAUGCUGCUCGGCCCGUUCCUCGCCACCACUGACGCCAGCCUGAAGGAACAGCUGGCGGACUGUUUGAACGACACGGACUACGCCGAGCUGCUGCGGACCGCCAAGAGUGGCCUUCCACAAAUCAACAAAUCGAACCGCGUUGUCAUCGUUGGAGCCGGCAUAGCUGGACUGACGGCUGCAAAGCUGCUGCAAGAUGCAGGACACAAGGUCACCAUAUUGGAGGCCAGUGGGCGUGUCGGGGGCCGUGUGGAGACCUACAGGAACAAGGAGGAGGGCUGGUACGCUGACCUGGGCGCCAUGCGGAUCCCAAAUUCACAUCACAUCGUCCGCUGGUACAUCCAGGAGCUGGGGCUCAGUCUGAACCGGUUCAUCAUGGAUGACAGCAACACCUUCUACUUUGUUCACGGGCUGCGGAAGAAGACGUACGCAGUGAGAGCAAACCCGGACAUAUUGCACUACAAGCUGCCCAAAAGAGAGAGGGGGAUGUCGGCCAUGGAUCUGCUGCAGCGGGCCCUGAAGAAGGUGAAAGAUGAAGUCGAGGCCCACGGCUGCAAAGCCAUGCUGCAGAAGUACGAUCACUACUCCGUGAAGGAGUAUCUGAGGACCGAGGGAGGUCUGAGUGCUGAAGCGGUCAGGAUGAUCGGCGACUUGCUCAACGAGCAGAGCAUGAUGCACCUGGCGCUGACGGAGAUGAUCUACAUCGAGAACGACGUCAGCGACAGUGUAUCGUACGAUGAAAUAACCGGAGGGACGGAUCUUCUUCCUAAAGCUUUCCUGUCCGUCCUCGACGUUCCCAUCUUCCUCAACUCCAAGGUGCAACGCAUCGACCGCUCAGACAAGGGUGUGACUGUGUGGUACGAGACUGAUCAACAGCCCUCUCUGAAAGCCGCUGAUGCUGACGUGGUCCUGGUAACCACCACAGCCAAAGCAGCCCUCUUCAUAGACUUCCAUCCGCCUCUCUCCGUCAGAAAGAUGGAGGCCAUGCGGGGGGUUCACUACGAAAGCUCCACUAAAAUCCUCCUCACAUUCCGCGAGAAGUUCUGGGAGAACGAUGGCAUCAAAGGAGGAAAGAGCAUCACAGACAGGCCGUCUCGAUACAUCUACUACCCCAGUCACAGUUUCCCUGGAAACGGCAGCAUCGGUGUCCUCCUGGCUUCCUACACCUGGUCCGACGACUCCCUCCUCUUUCAAGGUGCAAGCGAUGAAGAUCUGAAGGAACUGGCUCUGAGAGACUUGGUGCACAUCCAUGGUGAGCACGUCCGGUCUCUGUGCACCGGGGUGGUUGUGAAGAGGUGGAGCGUGGAUCCGUACAGCCUGGGGGCCUUUGCUCUGUUCACGCCGUACCAGAACUUGGAGUAUUCUGCUGAGCUCUUCAGGAGCGAAGGCGGCAUUCACUUUGCCGGAGAACACACGGCGUUCCCCCACGCUUGGAUAGAGACAUCCAUGAAGUCUGCCAUCCGGGCGGCUACGAAUAUCAACAAAGCCGCCCGCAAAGAAUCCGCCACGGCUCAACAGCGAGAUGAACUCUAG